CGAUGAAGUGUGCUGCGUUACCGAGCAUCAGGCGCCGUUGUGGCUGCCCGAAUACGGUGCGUCUCUGACCGAGCCGGCCCAGUCCUCGCGCGUACACUACCGAGCAGCGCGCGCCUCUCGCCGUGGCCCUGGCGGCGGCUGCCGCUCGCCGCGAGCCCCCGGAGCGCUGCGAGAGCGGGCGGGCGCCCCGGUCCCCCGGCAGGUGCCCGGCGCGCCAUGCAGGGCACGUGCGCCCCCCGGCUCUAACCUGCGCGCUGACUGGAGCAUGAUCUGUGCCCAGGCCGGGGCUGCCAAGAUAACAAGGCUGUGUUCAGCAGAAAUGGAAACAGGAGGAGCAGCCUAGUUCAAAGACUAAGGGAGGCAUCUUCUCUCUUUUCCUGGGAUUUAAACGCGAUUUAGGAGGGCAGAUGCCCUACCUGAAAAGGCCAGACUUUAAAGACCCAGGCAGUGUCGUGGUCCAAGGCGUCUCAAAGCAGGUGGCCAGAUCUGCAUUUCUCAUCAGCGGACUCGCGCCGGCUGUGGCUAUUACGAAUCUGUACCAGAACAGGUUCUUAGGCCUGGCUGCCAUGGCAUCUCCAUCCAGAACCUCCCAGAAUCGACGCCGGUGCAAGGAGCCGCUCCGUCACAGCUACAACCCCGGCCAGUUCCACAGCAUGGCCAUCAGGAACGGCCCCCAUGGCACCGUCACCAUCCCCCGCUCCACCAGUGACACCGACCUGGUCACCUCGGACAGCCGCUCCACUCUCAUGGUCAGCAGCUCCUACUACUCCAUAGGGCACUCGCAGGACCUGGUGAUCCACUGGGACAUCAAGGAGGAAGUGGACGCCGGAGACUGGAUUGGCAUGUAUCUCAUCGAUGAGGUCUUGUCAGAAAACUUUCUGGACUAUAAAAACCGUGGAGUCAAUGGUUCUCAUCGGGGCCAGAUCAUCUGGAAGAUUGAUGCCAGCUCUUACUUUGUGGAACCUGAAACUAAGAUCUGCUUCAAAUACUACCACGGUGUGAGCGGAGCCUUGCGAGCCACCACCCCCAGUGUCACAGUCAAAAACUCCGCAGCUCCCAUUUUUAAAAGCAUUGGCUCUGAUGAGACUGUCCAAGGCCAAGGAAGUCGGAGGCUGAUCAGCUUUUCUCUCUCAGAUUUCCAGGCCAUGGGGUUGAAGAAAGGGAUGUUUUUCAACCCAGACCCUUACCUGAAGAUUUCCAUUCAGCCUGGAAAGCACAGCAUCUUUCCUGCCCUCCCACACCAUGGACAGGAGAGGAGAUCCAAGAUCAUAGGCAACACCGUGAACCCCAUCUGGCAGGCCGAGCAAUUCAGCUUUGUGUCCUUGCCCACUGAUGUACUGGAAAUUGAAGUGAAGGACAAGUUUGCUAAGAGCCGCCCCAUCAUCAAACGCUUCUUGGGAAAGCUGUCGAUGCCCGUCCAAAGACUCCUGGAAAGACACGCCAUAGGGGAUAGGGUGGUCAGCUAUACACUGGGCCGCAGGCUUCCAACAGAUCAUGUGAGUGGACAGCUGCAAUUCCGGUUUGAGAUCACUUCCUCCAUCCACCCAGAUGACGAGGAGAUAUCCCUGAGCGCCGAUCCCGAGUCCGCGGAAACUCAGGACAGCCCCAUGAACAGCCUGGUGGCCAGCAGCCACGGGGAGCCUGCGGGCGAGGCCCUGGAGCCUUCCAGGAGCUCGAAGCCCGAGCCGCCGAGCCAGGGCAGUGCCGGGGACGCUGCCGGGAGCGAGAGCCUGGAGCCUGCCGAGCCGGUUGAGGAAGCGGCAGGUACCACCGAGGCAGGAGACGACGGCGCGGGCUCUGUGGGACCUGACGGGGAUGGGGAGCUUCUGGGCCCGGGGCGCGAGGACGCCGAGCCAGCCCUGAGUGCGGAAGAACUGGCCGAGCGGCUGGAGCUGGGUGGGGAGGCGCCCCCGCCGGGGUUGCUGGAGGACGGCGAAGCCCGGGCCAGACCCGGGGAGCCGGAGGCGGAGGAAGCGGCCGCAGAGAGCCGCGCGGGGGGAGAGGAGAAGGAGCAGGCCGAGGAGGAGGAGGAGGGCGACGUGUCUGCCCUGGGGCAGGGGGAGGACAGGCUGCCGCUGCGGGCCUCCGUGAAGAGGAAAAGCAGGCCGUGCUCCCUGCCGGUGUCGGAGCUGGAGACGGUGAUUGCGUCGGCGUGCGGGGACCCCGAGACCCCGCGGACACACUACAUCCGCAUCCACACCCUGCUGCACAGCAUGCCCUCCGCCCAGGGGGGCGACGACGGCCCGGAGGAGGAGGUCACCCUCCAGGAUGCCUCGGAGAAGGACGGGCUUAGCGAGGUGGACACGCUCGCCGCCGCGCCACCUCCGCUCGAGGAGGGCGGAGAGGGACCCGAGGGGGCCACUCCAGGCACGGCGACCCCGGGCCACUCCAGCCUGACCAACGGCCUGGUGCCCGAUGGCGACUUGCUGCCCAGCACGGGGAGUGAGAGCGACUCGAGCCCCCGGCAGGGCGGGGACCACAGCUGCGAGGGCUGUGACACGUCCUGCUGCAGCCCGUCCUGCUACAGCUCCUCGUGCUACAGCACGUCCUGCUACAGCAGCUCCUGCUACAGCGCCUCCUGCUACAGCCCCUCCUGCUACAACGGCAGCAGGUUCGCCAGCCACACGCGCUUCUCCUCGGUGGACAGCGCCAAGAUCUCGGAGAGCACUGUCUUCUCGUCGCAAGACGACGACGAGGAGGAGAACAGUGCGUUCGAGUCUGUGCCAGACUCGGUGCAGAGCCCGGAGCUGGACCCGGAGUCAGCCAAUGGGGCCGGGCCGUGGCACGAUGAGCUGGCCGCCCCCGCCGGGAGCGUGGCAAGAACCGUGGAAGGUCUGGAGUCCCCCGUGGCAGGGCCAAGCAAUCGGAGAGAAGGUGAAUGUCCUAUACUCCAUAAUUCCCAGCCAGUAAGCCAGCUUCCUUCCUUGAGACCUGAACAUCAUCACUACCCAACAAUCGAUGAGCCUCUUCCACCAAACUGGGAAGCUCGCAUUGACAGCCACGGGCGGGUCUUCUAUGUGGACCACGUGAACCGCACGACCACCUGGCAGCGUCCGACAGCAGCAGCCACCCCUGAUGGGAUGCGGAGAUCGGGGUCCAUCCAGCAGAUGGAGCAACUCAACAGGCGGUAUCAAAACAUUCAGCGAACCAUUGCAACAGAGAGGUCAGAAGAAGAUUCUGGCAGCCAGAGUUGUGAGCAGGUCCCGGCAGGAGGCAAUGGAGGAGGUGGUGGGAGCGACUCAGAGGCUGAAUCUUCUCAGUCGAGCUUAGAUCUGCGGAGAGAAGGGUCACUUUCUCCAGUGAAUUCACAGAAAAUCACCUUGUUGCUGCAGUCCCCAGCAGUGAAGUUCAUCACCAACCCCGAGUUCUUCACUGUACUACACGCCAAUUAUGGUGCCUACCGAGUCUUCACCAGUAGCACCUGCUUAAAGCACAUGAUUCUGAAAGUCCGGCGGGACGCACGCAAUUUCGAACGCUACCAGCACAACCGCGACUUGGUGAAUUUCAUCAACAUGUUUGCAGACACGCGGCUGGAACUUCCCCGGGGCUGGGAGAUCAAAACGGACCAGCAGGGAAAGUCUUUCUUCGUGGACCACAACAGUCGAGCUACCACUUUCAUUGACCCCCGAAUCCCUCUUCAGAACGGGCGUCUCCCCAACCACCUGACCCACCGACAGCACCUGCAGAGGCUUCGGAGCUACAGCGCUGGAGAGGCUUCAGAAGUCUCUAGAAACAGAGGAGCCUCUUUACUGGCCAGGCCAGGACACAGCCUAGUAGCUGCUAUUCGAAGCCAACACCAACAUGAGUCAUUGCCACUAGCAUAUAAUGACAAGAUUGUGGCAUUUCUUCGCCAACCAAACAUUUUUGAAAUGCUGCAAGAGCGUCAGCCAAGCCUGGCGAGAAACCACGCACUCAGGGAGAAAAUCCAUUACAUUCGGACUGAGGGUAAUCAUGGGCUUGAAAAGUUGUCCUGUGAUGCAGAUCUAGUCAUUUUGCUAAGUCUCUUUGAAGAAGAGAUUAUGUCCUACGUCCCACUGCAGGCUGCCUUCCUCCCCGGGUACAGCUUCUCUCCCCGCUGUUCACCCUGCUCCUCACCUCAGAACUCCCCAGGCUUACAGAGAGCCAGUGCAAGAGCCCCUUCACCCUACCGGAGAGACUUUGAAGCCAAGCUCCGAAAUUUCUACCGAAAAUUGGAAGCCAAAGGAUUUGGUCAGGGUCCAGGGAAAAUUAAGCUCAUCAUUCGUCGGGACCAUUUGUUGGAGGGAACCUUCAAUCAGGUGAUGGCCUAUUCCCGGAAGGAGCUUCAGCGAAACAAACUCUACGUCACCUUUGUUGGAGAGGAGGGCCUGGACUACAGUGGUCCUUCGCGAGAGUUCUUCUUCCUUUUGUCUCAGGAGCUAUUCAACCCUUACUACGGACUCUUUGAGUACUCUGCAAAUGAUACCUACACAGUGCAGAUCAGCCCCAUGUCCGCGUUUGUGGAAAACCAUCUUGAAUGGUUCAGGUUUAGUGGUCGUAUCCUAGGCCUGGCUUUGAUCCAUCAGUACCUUCUUGACGCCUUCUUCACAAGGCCCUUCUACAAGGCACUCCUGAGACUGCCCUGUGAUCUGAGCGACCUGGAAUAUCUGGAUGAGGAGUUCCACCAGAGUUUGCAGUGGAUGAAGGACAACAAUAUCACAGAUAUCCUAGACCUCACGUUCACUGUUAACGAAGAAGUUUUUGGACAGGUGACAGAGAGGGAGUUAAAAUCCGGAGGGGCCAACACCCAGGUGACGGAGAAGAACAAGAAGGAGUACAUCGAGAGGAUGGUGAAGUGGCGGGUGGAACGCGGUGUGGUACAGCAGACCGAGGCCCUGGUACGGGGCUUCUGUGAGGUCGUAGACUCGAGGCUUGUCUCCGUGUUCGACGCCAGGGAGCUGGAGCUGGUGAUAGCUGGCACGGCGGAGAUCGACCUGAACGACUGGCGGAAUAACACAGAGUACCGGGGAGGUUACCACGACGGGCAUCUUGUGAUCCGCUGGUUCUGGGCUGCUGUGGAGCGCUUCAAUAACGAGCAGAGGCUGAGGUUACUUCAGUUUGUCACGGGAACGUCGAGUGUGCCCUAUGAAGGCUUUGCGGCCCUCCGAGGAAGCAAUGGGCUCCGGCGCUUCUGCAUAGAGAAGUGGGGGAAGAUUACAUCUCUCCCCAGGGCACACACGUGCUUCAACCGACUGGAUCUUCCACCGUAUCCCUCAUACUCCAUGUUGUAUGAAAAGCUACUCACGGCAGUAGAAGAAACCAGCACCUUUGGACUUGAAUGAGGACCUGGAAACUCACCUGACAUUUUCCUGGCAGUCACAUCGCCCUUUCUGGGAUGAUCCCCGUGCCCUUUCCCUAAAUCAGCUCUCCUUUGAUUUUUGGUAUCCCAUGAUUUUGAUUUUCAGACCAAAUCAGGAUUGACAAAAGCUGUGCAUGAAGAACUGCCUUCUUCUGAGAUCCAACCUUCAGGCUUAUCGCCUCUAUUCUCGAUCAACUGCUAGCCUGUAUGCAAUAUUAAACAGCAGCCGUCUCAAGGUCUGUGUGUAUCUCCACAUACCUCCAUUACUAACACUGAAAUAGGAAUGCAAACGAUGCUAUACUUGACCAAAUGGUAAUCAAAGUUUACUUCCAUUUAUAUAAUUUUAGGGAAAUUUGAGCAUUAAGCAUUCCGAGCUUUUAUACGCCCAUGUCUUCUUCUGAGCAGAGCCACCAUUUUUUUAUAAUUUCUAACAACCAACUCCAGGUCUAGGAGACAAUCAACAAUUUCUUUUCCUCCCACUCUCCUUUUGCCCCGCGCAUACAUCCAUCCAGAAACAGCAGUGGCAAAGCUGAAAUUUUUAUACAUUCAACUCAUGAGUCCUGUGUGGCAUCAGUCCCAUCAGCUGGAACUGGCCUAGACAUAAUGGUGCAAAUACCACACUUUCCAACAAGUAACAACAACAGGAAAACGCCCCCUGCUGAUGCAACACAGUGUAUCUCGUUGGUUGUGGGGAUUGUGGCUUAGCCUGAAUUUAGAGAAGUCCAGGAGGGGCACAGUCCCUGUGAACACUCACCACCAAGAAGCAGAAGCUUGUGCACACGAAGGAGAUCUCAUUACGUAGCCUGAAGCCCGAGGCUUCCACCCCCAUGGUGUUCAGUAGA